UUACCAUCGUUUUACGGACAUAAUUGGGAAGCAAACGUUAUAAUUUGGUAUAUUAAGAUUGAAUGAUAAAUUAAUAUAGUUACGUUUAAUUUGUAGACUUAAUGUGCAUUUGCAGUCAGCUGGCAGAUGUAAACAAAGGGUAUGUCAGUAUUUUGUGAAGGUCUAAAUAACAAAGUAUUUUGUGAUAACAAUAUUUCCAAAAUGGAUGUUGAUGGAUCGUCUUUCUCUGGAGAAAUUGACCAAAAUCUGUUACUACAAUUCAGUUGUAUGAAUACUACUGAUAGAGAGGAAUUAAUAAAUCAAAUGCAAAGACUAUUGGGUCCUAGUUUGAACUAUAAUACAGCAAGCUUUUUUUUGGAUAUGAGCAAUUGGAACUUGCAAGCAGCAAUUUGUUGUUAUUUAGAUUAUACUUUGCCACCAAAACUCCCUUCUAUGUCAUUAAAAGCUGCACAGAACCAAGAAACUGCAGUUAGUCCUGGUACUUGCUUUGAGCAGAGUUGGAGUAUUGCAAAUACUGGAACAGAGGCAUGGCCUGGUAGCUGUAGAGUUAUACAGGCUGGAGGUGAAGCUUUAGGUGCUACCCCACAUUAUGUGCCACCAUUACCGCCAGGACAUUCUACCACUGUGACGUUGAAGUUAGUAGCUCCAAAUAUGCCAGGCUCACAUAGAGGUUACUUUCAUUUGGUGAAUAGUAAGGGUGAACAAAUAGGAGAUACUUUAUCGGCAGAAGUAAUUGUUGAAUCAGAGAUGACUAUGGCUUUAGUAGAACAACUUGCAGCUUUGCCUGUUCCUAGUAGUAGAAGCGAAGAUACCACAGCGAGUCAGAUGCCGCCACAAGAUGACCAAAUGUGUUGAUAGUUAUUUUAUUUACAAGAUAUCUAUUAUUAAGAUUGUUUUUAAAUACAGAUAAUGGUAAGUCGCUGACUUUUUGUCAGGGCCUAACCAUGACACCGCCGUUUUCCUUAUUGCUUUACAAACUUUUAUCA